AUGGAGCCUCCCCACCAAAUAUUGCAGAAUGUCACAGCAGUCACUGAAUUUAUACUCCUGGGACUCUCCAGCAACCCUAAAACACAACUGAUUCUCUUUGCUGUCUUUCUCCUUAUCUACUUGAUGGCACUGACCGGGAAUAUUCUUAUCCUUCUUGCCAUCAGCUUGGACAACAAACUUCAUAGCCCCAUGUACUUCUUCCUGGGCAACCUUUCUGUGGUAGACAUUGGAUAUACAACAUCCACUGUUCCCAAGAUGAUGAUGAAUUAUCUGUCUCAUGAGAGAACUAUCUCUCUAUCUGGUUGCUUAUCCCAACUAUACUUCUUCAUCUCCUUUGGCGGCAUUGAAUGCCUCCUGCUGGCUGUCAUGGCAUACGACCGAUACGUUGCCAUUUGCCAUCCCCUGCAUUACAGUGGGUUCAUGAGCCACAAAGUCUGUGCCUCUUUAGCAGCCACUGCUUGGAUUCUGGGCUUGGCUAAUUCAGGUGUACACUCUGGCCUGAUAUCCCUUUUGUCUUUCUGCCAGGACAACGUCAUCCAUCACUUUUUCUGUGACAUCCCGUCCCUUUUGCAGCUUUCUUGCUCCAACACACAAGUCAAUCACACUGUUCUCUUUGUGGUGGGUGGGAGUGUGGGCAUUGGUUCCUUUGUGUUUACACUAGUGUCUUAUGUCUACAUAGUUGCAUCCAUCCUCAGGAUCCAAACAAAAGAUGGGCGUCUCAAAACCUUCUCCACCUGUGCUUCUCACCUGACUGUAGUCAACAUAUUUUAUGGCACUGGAAUCUUUACAUACUUUAUCCCCAGCUCUGCUUCUUCUCAUAAAAAGAAUCAGGCCCUGUCUGUUAUGUAUGGGAUUGUUGCACCUAUGCUUAAUCCAAUAAUAUACUGCUUGAGGAACAAGGAUGUACAAAACGCCCUUCAGAAAGCUAUAGGCAAGGUGCAGUAG